AUGAAAAACUGGAAAACUGCUGCUUUCUCCCAAUACCCUCGAGGAGGAGACGGUCUCCAUGGUGAUGUCAUCAUGGGUUACACCAUGAGGACAGACAAUUAUCGCUACACAGAGUGGAUCAACUUCAAAGGCAGGCCUAUCUAUACACCGAUGUUGGACCAGGUACAGGCAGCUGAACUCUAUGGUCAUAUGAAAGACCCAGAAGAGAACUGGAACCGAGCCGAUGACCCAUCACACAAAGAAGUCAGGGCCGAGCUAUCCAGGAAACUGAAGAUUGGCUGGAGAGGAGCCCUACCUAUAAGUCGUGUCCUGAAACGUCAGCCUCACCUGUAA